UCCAAGUGAUAGCACCACUAAGAACAAAUUCAAGAGAUCAACUAGAGUAACACUUGUAACAUACUCUCAUGAACUAUGAGAAUAGACUUCGACUAUAGUUGUGGUUGGAACAAAUUCUUACUGAAUUUAGGGGGAUUUUGGCCAAAACGUCAGUCGUCUUUUAUCGGAAAGCACUGGCCGCUGAUAAAUGCUGCCUUGGUUUUCGUUGUCAUAAUUAUCCCCCGAUUCGCUGCUAUGUCCUUAUUCUGGAAUGAAGUUGACGCAUUCGUUCAAUCUUUCACGACUCAACUGGCAUUUAUGUCCGUGUUCUUUAAAUUAAUAGUAUUACAACUGGGAAAUCAAGUUCUAGUUGAUUUAACAUCAAUGAUGGAAGCGAACUUAUCAGUGGAAUUAACAAAGCAGCAGUACGCUCCUGUAUUCAAAGCUGCCAAAUUCGGCAGGACUAUUUCCACAAUCGUGGCACUCAGUUUCGUCUGUGUCGUCAUCACUGGUGUCAUCUCACUGAAAUUGUAUCAUUUGGACAGCCUCUACAUAAAGAACCCCGAUCCCCGGCUGUCAGUCGACUUUUUCUUCGUAGCUUACAUGCCAUUUGACACCACCAAUAUUGUCAGCUACGCCACAAUAUUCUUGUUGCAACUUUAUGUGUCCGUCAUGUCGACUGGGAUUCAUCUCAUCCUAGACAGCUUUGUCGUAAUGCUCAUACUUCAUGUUUGCGGACAACUGGAGCUCAUCCAGCUGUCGCUAACCCAAUUGGGGGGAAAUGUGGCUCAAGAUCGGAAGCGCUUUCAGGCAGUUCUGAAGAGCAUUGUGAGAAAGCAUCAAUCCGUUUGUCAGUUUGUCAACGAUCUCGAAAAAUUAUUCAAUUUCCCGUGGUUCGUUGAGCUAGUCAGUUGUACUCUGAUGUUUUGUUUUCAGGGGUAUAAUGUGUUGAAGCUUCUGCAUAAUGACCAGUCCGGUGUCUUCCAAAUAGGCUUCAUAAUUUUCUCAACAUUUGGUAUACUGACGCAGUUUCUACUCAACUGUUGGGCCGGCGAGUGUCUCAUAUCACAGAGUUCAAAAGUUGGAUAUGCAUUCUACUGCAGUAAAUGGUAUGAAUUACGCCCCUCCGAAGCUCGUUCACUGAUGAUAAUGGGUUUUCAAAAAACACGACCAUUGAAAUUAAGUGCAUGGAAAUUUUCCACACUAUCUGUCAAGCUUUUUCUCCAGGUGAUGAAAACCUCGUUCAGCUAUCUGUCCGUGUUACUGGUAGUGACAGAUUUUUAGGAUGAGUAAAUCACCGAUGACCAUGUACUAUAAGAGAAUAUUGUGAUAGCGAAACUAAUGAUUGCGAUGACGAAAUAAAAUCGAGCAAAAUUCAGUUUUAAAAAUUCUGAUGGAAAAUCGCGAUUGAAUAAGUUGUAUGUAAAAUUCACCAUCCGCCGCAGGUCAUAAUACUCAAUCGAAACACAAUUGUUUAGAUAAAUCGUGUGGGCACAUCGAGAAAAAAAUUGGAAAGCACUGUCAAUUUCCUAAUAUCAUGUCAAAGAUUGUGCGUAUUCUGAAUUCAACAGUUAUCAAAUCCAUUGACGAAUUCCUUAAAGAAUGUGAACUGAAAAUAUAACUAGGCCUAAGAAU